CACCACUCGGACAUGAGCUUCUUCCAACGGCCAAAAAAAUGGCUUACACAGCCUUCAAUCCUCUGCAGCAGAACCACCUAUCAUCCAUGAUUUUUGGUAAGUAUAAAUCUGCCCUUAGCCCAGUAAUACAUUCAUCUUCUUUCAUUUUCUUCCCUCCUGAAUUUCAUAGAGUUUCUAUAGUAAGAAGAAGAAGAAGAAGAAGAACACAAGCAGUGACUUCAGAGAUUGAAAGUAGAGAACAAAACGCUAUAAAAGCUGUAGAUUCUAUUAUUUUUAGAGAAUUGGGAGUUGGGUUUUCUUCUCCGAGGUCUUUUGAUGAAAGGAUGGAGAGAAAACCCAAGAGAAAUGAGGGUAACACUACAGAGGCUAUUGAUUCUGGAAGUUAUAGGAAAAUGGGAGUUGGGUUUUCUUCUUUGAGGUCUGGAGAUGAAAGUACGGAGAGGAAAUUGAAGAAAAUUGAGGACAGUUUGGUGAAAGCUGUUGCUUCUAGAAUGUACAGAAAAACGGGAUCUGGGUUUUCUUCAUUGAGGUCUAGAGAUGAAGGGGUGGAGAGAAAAUCGAAGAAAAAUGAGGGGAGUCAUGUUGCAGAUGGAAGCGUGGAAAGGAAGUUUACAAGAUAUAAUCGUGCAGCAAGAACAGUAGAUUCUAGAAGAGAAAUUGACAAUGGCUUUUCUUCUCGGAGGUUUAGAGGUGAAAAGGUGGAGACAAACUUAAAGAAUAGUAGUGCAAUUGAAGAUGAAAAGAUUGAAAAGAGAUUCAGUAAACAAAAACAUACAUUGAGAAGUGUAGAAUCUAGAAGUUACAGAGAAACCGGUGAUGGGUCUCCUUUGUUGACGUCUAGAGAUGAUGAAAAGGUGGAUACGAAAUCGAAGAAAGCUAAGGCUGGUUCAACUGUGAAUAAAAAGAUGUAUAUGAAGAAGGCAAAGAAAAGUAAGGCUGAUUUGGAAGAAGUUCAGUUGAGACAUAGGUUGGAUAUGUGUUCAAAGAGAGGUGAUGUGAUGGGGGCGAUAUUGGCCUAUGACUUGGCAUUGAGAGAAGGCAUGAAGUUGGGUCAGUAUCAUUACAAUGUACUUUUGUAUCUAUGCUCUUCAGCAGCUGUGGGUGUUGUGCAACCAGCAAAAAGUGGUAGCAGUAGUGGUAGUAGUCGGAGUUUUGAUAAGACGGGCUUCACUCACGAGUUUUCAAAUGGGAAUUCAGUAGAUUCUAGUGAAAAUGGGGAUUCGGAUGAUGAAGUUUUCAAUAGCAUUAAGUCCGAGUCGUUGAUCUCCAACGGGUUAUCUGUUGAGUCAGGUGGAAAUUUUGGUGGGAGCUCUGAUGGAAUGGGACCUGAUUCAGGGUUUUCAAGCAGGCCUUCAUCAGAUUUGGGUGAAGAUGGUGCUGAUGGUAGACGGAGUACUGAUAAAAUGGAUUCUAGUUCAAGCAGCUUUCUAGUUGAUUCAGGUAAACAUGAUGGAGAGGUCAAUUUCAACAAAGCAGAUCGGAGUUCUCAGUUUUCAAGUGGGCCUACAUUUGAUGGGAUUGUGAAUGGUCUGAGUCAUGACAGAAUGGAAUCGAAUUCUAAGUUUUCAGAUGAGUUUACCAUAGGAAAGUGUAGAGAUGAUUCUGAGAAUGCAAAAGAUGGAUGGGGUAACAAAGGAGAAAAUGGAAUUCGAGUCAGUGAUGAUGUGAAAAAGUAUGCACUUGCAAAAGGAUUUGAGAUCUAUGAGAGGAUGUGUUUGGAGAAAAUCCCUUUGAGUGAAGCAGCUUUAACAUCUGUUGCUCGAAUGGCAAUGUCAAUGGGUGAUGCAGACAUGGCAUUCGAGAUGGUAAAGCAAAUGAAGGCCUCAGGGAUAAACCCCAGAUUGCGAUCUUAUGGCCCGGCAUUAUUUACCUUCUGCAAUGAUGGAAAUAUCGAGAAAGCAUUUGAGGUCGAAAAACAUAUGUUGGAGUGCGGGGUUUAUCCAGAAGAGCCAGAACUUGAGGCGCUUUUGACAGUAAGUGUAGGGGCUGGUAGAGGAGAAAAGGUUUACUAUCUGCUUCAUAAGCUUAGAACGAGCAUGAGGCAGGUUUCUCCAUCUACAGCUGAUUUGAUUGAGAAAUGGUUUAAAAGCCCAGCAGCUUCAAGAGUGGGAAAGAGAAAGUGGGACAGAAGGUUGAUAUUCCAAACAAUGGAAAAUGGUGGGGGAGGUUGGCAUGGUCUGGGCUGGUUGGGCAAGGGAAAAUGGACUGUUACAUGCACAGUUGUUGGAGCCGAUGGUGUCUGCAGGGGCUGUGGAGAAAAAUUGGCCACUAUAGAUCUUGACCCAAUUGAGACUGAAAACUUUGCCAAGUCUGUAGCGGCUAUAGCUGGAAAGAGAGAGCGGAAUUCAAGCUUCCAGAAAUUCCAAAAAUGGCUGGACUACUAUGGGCCUUUUGAAGCUGUUGUGGAUGCUGCAAAUGUGGGUCUUUUCAGCCAAAGGCGAUUCUUACUAUCUAAGGUGAAUGCUGUUGUCAAUGGUAUACGGCAGAAGCUUCCAUCAAAGAAAUGGCCACUGAUUGUUGUGCAUCACAGGCGCAUUAGUGGAGGCAAGAUGGAUGAACCACCAAACAGGCAGUUGAUCGAGAAGUGGAAAAACGCAGAUGCACUUUAUGCGACUCCUACUGGGUCGAACGAUGAUUGGUACUGGUUGUAUGCAGCUAUAAAGUUCAAGUGCUUGAUUGUAACCAACGAUGAGAUGAGAGAUCAUAUUUUUCAGCUUCUGGGCAAUGAUUUCUUCCCCAGAUGGAAAGAAAGGCAUCAGGUUCAUUUCAGCUUUUGUGAAGGCAGCCCCGAGUUUCAUAUGCCGCCUCCAUGUUCUGUUGUUAUUCAGGAAUCAGAGAAAGGCCAUUGGCAUAUCCCCAUUGUAGCCAAACAAGAAACCCAGAGAGAAAGAACGUGGUUAUGUGCGACGCGUGCCAAUUCACAGACAGAAAUCAAAGAAUCAUCCACCAAACGUAAAGAAAAGCAUCCUCGGCACAAGAAAGAAAGUACGAGUGCAGACGCUCAAACCACCAACCAGAUGAAGCUCUCACCAUCUGAUCAUGGCAUUGAAGAAAAGUUUAAUAAAAAUUCUCAACACCCACCUCAGAAAAUCUACAGAAAGACCAGGAAAACUCUACCAACUACUGAAAUUUCAGCGCAUCAUACAAUCAUAUACAAAAUUGAGGCUGCUGAGAAGCUUGCUGGCUGUGUUCUUGAUUUUCAAAUUUGAUGGAAGCAGUUGCCAACGCAUAUCAGUUUUCUUUGGGCAUGCAAUGAUGAAGGCCAUCGGAACCUUAAAGACUCCUGAUGGAAUGGCUCGAAAUUGAGACCAAUUGCAUCACAAUGAAGCUCUUGAGAGUCGAGACAGCACCAACCUGCAGAAAUUUUGUUGUUGUAGAGAGAAGUUGAUCCAUCUGUUGAUAUGGUUUUGAUUGAUUAUAGCCAUGUUUGUGUUACAUGUCCUUAAUCAUAUUGCAAGGCAUAAAUGCUGUAACAGAGGAAAUUUCAUUUAUCUACUGGGAUAUGUUGUGGGUUU